AUGGCAGGUGAUGGAAAGGGCACGCCCAGCGGAGGUGCAGACAGUGGCGACAACAAGCGCUACAGCGACCAGGCCAAGGCCAAAGAUGGCGACAGCAAGGGCAACGGCGGUGGCAAGGGCAAGCCCAGCCCUCCUGGCGGCGAUGGCAGCCAGCCCAAGAGUGGCAGCGCUGCGGGCAAGGCCAAGGGCCAGAUGGAUGGCGGCAAGGGUGGAGGCCCUAAGGGUGGAGGUCACAGGCCUGGCGGAGGUGGCGGCGAUGGCAAGGGCAGCAAGCAGCCCCCAAAUCCAGGUGGCGGUGGCAAGCCUGGCAGCCGCAAGGGCAAGCAGCCUUCUGGCGGAGGUAAGGCCGAUGGCGGCGGCGACAGCAAGGGCAAGCAGCCCGGUGGUCCUGGUGGAGGUAAGGCCGAUGGCGGCGGUGGCGGCGACAGCAAGGGCAAGGGCAAUCAGCAGCCCUGUGGUGGAGGUGAGGCUGAUGGCGGCGGCCCUGGAGGUGGCGGUGACAGCAAGGGCAAGCAGCCCGGUGGUGGAGGUAAGGCCGAUGGUGGCGGCGACAGCAAGGGCAAGGGCAAUCAGCAGCCCUCCGGCGGCGGUGAUGGCGGCGGCGGCGGAGACAGCACGGGCAAUCAGCAGCCCCCCGGCGGAGGCGAUGGCAAGGGCAAACCCGGAGGCAGCAGCAAGGGCAAUGCCCCCGGUGCCGAUGGAGGCGAUCAUGGGGGUGAGGGGACUGCUGGCCAGGCUGACGGCUGCGGGGGCGCUGCCUGGGAUGGAUGUGGCAGCAGCGGCCGCGGCCGCUGGAACCAGCCUUGGACAUGGGGUCCGGCCGCGCCACGCCAGCACGAAUAUCGGCCCGCUGGCCCGGCGCGGGUGCGGCGGGCAGUCGACCGCUUGGCUGAAAACCUGUCAACAGACAACGCUGCCCUGAGAGAGCAGCUGCGUGUGCAUGAGCUGGAGGCGGCGAGGCAGCUGCAGGAGCAACAGGGCUUCUUCGAGAAGAAAAUGCUCGAGCAGCACUGUUCUUUUGCCCAAGCACAGGGGGGGCUACAGCACAAGCUACAGAGCCUUCUGCAGGAGUCGGAGCGGCAGUUGGCUGCUGCGCAGGAGCGUUUGCAGGCGGAGCGUCGCAGGCACGCCACGGAGGUGGAGCGCAUGCAGCGGCAUCAUCAGCUUCAAGUUGCUGCUGCACGCCAGGAGUACGAUGAGAAGCUGGCGAAGAUGCAAAAGACGAUGGCAGAGUUGAACGAGCGCAACCUGGAGAAGCACCUCAACAGCUGGCGCAUCGCGACGCAACGGCAGCAAGCUCAAGAGGCGAGCCAGAGAGCUCUGCAAGAGGAGGAGAAGGAGCAGGAUGCCAAGGCAAAGAAGGAGGGCAAAAAGCCGCAGAAGCAGAAGUCCGACAAGAAGCGUUCACCACCCAGCCCCGCAGACCCUGGACCCAGCCACGUGAAGAAGAAGCAGAAAUGA